UAGUCCAAAACGUCGGCCUAGAGUCCAGUUUACUCUGAUAAUCUCUCAGUUCUCAACUCUCGUUCCGGUAGAGUCAUGGGUCAGGCCACCGGUGUUAGUUAUCAUAGCUAUUAAUGUAAGAUGAGUUUCAGUUUAUCAGUUCAACGAAAAGAACAUCAUCAAUACUGGCUCCAGCCAUGUUCUUUAAGAAACUUUUGCUGUUGUUUCUUUGGAUCAAAGUGGCAACCUCAAGCAAUCAAGGUUUCAUCUUCAAUGGAUUCAGUUUACAGUUGGUUUCUGGCCAAGAACAGAGUUUAGAACUUGGUGGUAUAGCGGAAUUGAGAACUGAUGGUCUUUUCAGGCUCACAGACAGUUCAACUUUUCAGGUUGGCCACGUUUUCUAUUCUGUCCCGUUUAAGUUCAAGAGUUCACCAAAUGCUAACGCCUUCUCUUUCUCCACCACUUUCGUGUUCGUCAUAGUUCCUGAGAACUCUAGAGGCCAUGGUAUUACCUUUGUGCUUGCUCCUUCCAAGGAGUUUGGCCAAGUUGCUCCAGGCCAGCAUCUGGGACUUUUUAACUUUUCAACUGAUGGGUUAUCUUCCAAUCAUAUAGUUGCCAUCGAGUUUGACACGUUCCAAAACCAGGAAUUUGCAGAUAUCGACGAUAACCAUGUUGGUGUUGAUAUUAACAGUUUGAAGUCAGCUAAAUCUGUUUCUGCAGGUUCUGUUUACAGCAAAACUGGAAAAUAUAGGCCUGCUGAUCUUUCAUGUGGGGACAGGAUGCAGGUUUGGGUGGAAUAUGACGGUACAAAGCAUCAACUGAACGUCACUUUGUCUCCAGUAAUCCGCAGGAGUAAGCCAAAAGUCCCUCUACUGUCCAUGGACAUCGAUUUAUCACCAAUCAUUUUAGAACAAAUGUACAUUGGUUUCUCUUCGGCCACGGGUUUGCAGGUGGCAUCUACAUAUAUUUCUGGCUGGAGCUUCCAGAUGGAUGGAGUAGCUAAGGAUCUUGACCUGGACAAACUACCAUCUGUAACUAGAUCAAGAAAGAAAAAAUCCAGGAAGAAAGAAAUAAUAGUGGCAGUUGCGGUGCCAGUAGUUGGAGUACUUUUGUUGGCAGUUGUGUUCUCUGCUAUUUUUUUCUUGUCAAGAAAGAAAGACAGAUUCACUGAGAUACUUGAAGAUUGGGAGGUUCAGUUCGGACCUCAUAGGUUUCCUUACAGGGAUCUAUUUGCAGCGACUGGAGGCUUCAAUGAAAAGGAGCUUCUUGGACGAGGCGGUUGUGGUCAGGUUUAUAGAGGAGAAUUACCUGCAUCAAAAGUCCAAAUUGCAGUGAAGAGAAUUUUUGACAAAUCUCAACAAAGAAUGAAAGAGUUUCUUGCAGAGAUCGGCACAAUUGGAAGGCUGCGACAUCCCAAUUUAGUGCGACUCGUUGGUUAUUGUCGAGGUAAAGAUGAGCUCCUUUUGGUCUAUGAUUAUAUGCCUAAUGGCAGUCUUGACAAGUACCUACACAACAAGCCAGAGGUAACUCUUAAUUGGAGCCAAAGAUUUAAAAUAAUCAAAGAUGUAGCUUCUGCAGUUGCCUACCUGCAUGAAGAAUGGUUGGAAGUCAUCAUUCACAGAGAUAUCAAGGCCAGCAAUGUGUUAUUAGAUGAUGACCUUAAUGGAAAAUUAGGUGAUUUUGGGCUUGCAAGAUGUAGUAAACAUGCACAGGAAACAAUUCAUCUAGCUGGCACCUAUGGCUACAUAGCACCAGAGCUUGCUAAAACUGGCAGGGCAAAUACAAGCACUGAUGUUUAUGCAUUUGGGGCAUUUUGCCUGGAGGUUGUUUGUGGUAGAAGGCCGCUCAUGCCACGAGCAUCAGCUGAAGAGGUGCAUCUUGUGGAUUGGGUGUUCAAUUGCUGGAAUGAAGGGGAUAUAUUGAAAACAGCGGACCCCGAACUUAACAAGGAUUUUGCGGCUGAAGAGAUUGAUCUAGUAUUAAAGCUCCCACUGUUAUGCUCACAUACUAUUGCAGCAUAUAGGCCAAGAAUGUCACAAGUUAUCUCAUAUCUGAAUGGCCAAGCUUCACUGCCUGAAGAUUUGGAUAAAAUUCUUCAUACGCAGGAGCUCCUGGAACAGUCCCGUGAUUAUUCUUUAACUUGGACAAAGGAUUCUGUAGCAACAAUGGCAGUCACUGAAUCAUUCCUAUUUGCAGGUCGUUAAAAUUGCAUGGCUAUAUAACUGAUACAGGCAAGUAGUCAACAAUGCAUGAUUUGCCUGUUGAAAAACUCUUUGCAUUGAUUUCACUAUCGGCUUUACAUAUUAAUUAAACUGUUUCUUCUGUCUUUUUAA